UGGGCCUCUCCCCAGGGAAGCAAUUAUAUUCAAUCAGUCUUUGUGAUAUGCUCCGCUUCAUCGUACUCCCGCAGUAUCGUACGCGUACUCCGUCCGACAAGCGUGUGUUUCCCUAACCUAGUGCACAAUUUCGAAUUAAGUACGAACUGCAAAAACAAAAUGCUCAGAAUCACAUAUUCUGUGGCGCUUCUAGGGUUAUUUAUGCUCUUGAAUCCGAUCACCUCGUCUCUGGCCAGAGGAAGUCGACAACUAGUAAUCGAUGCAAAUAUUGGAUUAGAGCAGUCACAUGAUCGAUCAUUUACAAUCGAUUGGGAAGGUAAUACAUUCCUGAAGGAUGGAAAACCAUUCCGCUUUAUUGCCGGUUCAUUCCACUACUUCCGGUCACAUCCGGGUUCGUGGCAACGAAAGCUUCGUGCUAUGCGAGCAGCUGGACUUAAUGCUGUAACAACAUACGUUGAGUGGUCGUUACAUAAUCCCAAGGAAGGCCAAUACGUAUGGGAUGGCAUAGCAGAUCUUGAAAAAUUCAUAAAAUAUGCCAUCACUGAAGAUCUCCUAGUAAUUCUCAGGCCUGGUCCGUAUAUAUGUGCAGAACGUGAUAUGGGUGGUUUUCCAUAUUGGCUGCUGACCAAGUAUCCUGGAAUUCAACUAAGAACCGCAGACAUAAAUUAUUUGUUUGAGGUUCGAUUGUGGUAUGAUCAGCUGAUGGCUCGUAUGGGUCCUUAUCUCUAUGGAAAUGGUGGACCAAUUAUAAUGGUGCAAGUGGAAAACGAAUAUGGAUCGUUUUACGCUUGCGAUAAAAAGUACCGCGAGUGGAUUCGAGAUGAGACACAUGCUCAUGUCAAAGAUAAAGCAGUUCUCUUUACAAAUGAUGGUCCAAGUUUGCUUGGAUGUGGUCGUAUCCCGAAUGUUCUGGCAACAUUGGAUUUCGGUUCCACCGACAACACAACCGAGUAUUGGAACUAUUUGAAAAAAGUCCAGCCGAAAGGACCUUUAGUAAAUGCAGAAUUUUAUCCCGGAUGGCUGACCCAUUGGCAAGAGAAAAUGUCAAGAGUUGCUACAAAAUCUAUAACCCAAACCUUUAUAGACAUGUUAGAUGAAGGUGCAAAUGUGAACUUUUACAUGUUCUACGGUGGAACCAACUUCGGAUUCACAGCCGGAGCAAAUGAUGGUGGACCAGGAAGCUACCAGCCCGAUACAACAUCAUAUGACUACGACGCGCCCUUGGAUGAGUCAGGCGACCCAACAGAGAAAUACUAUAAAUUGCGUGAGAUCAUAGGUCGUUAUCUUCCGCUGCCCGACAUUCCAGUUCCAGUGCCAUUGCCAAAGAAGCAUUAUGGUACUAUUCGACUGACAAGCUGUUGCCAGAUUCUAUCCCACGAUGGUCGACGUAUUUUGUCUGCAGGUACAGUUACGUCAGUUAAGCCCCUAACUUUCGAGGCUUUGAAUCAAUAUUCUGGACUUGUAUUGUACGAAAGCCACUUGCCUACUGCUGCCAGAGACCCAGUUGUACUAAGGGUAGAUGGCAUUCGCGAUCGUGGCUAUGUCUAUGUAGAUAGAAACUUUAUCGGAGUUUUAUCGAGAGAAAGCCAAGUCUUCACAUUGCCCAUCAACGCUGGUCUAGGAAACAAGCUCCAAAUAUUGGUUGAAAAUCAAGGUAGAAUAAACUAUAAUAUUCCGAACGAUUUUAAGGGCAUCUUAAGUGAUGUCUUGGUGGACAGAACCAUCGUUAAAAAUUGGAACAUCACCAAAUAUCCACUAGAAUCGUACAAUGAUAUUGUGCGGCUGAUUGAAACCGAAGGAAUGCCAAAAACUCGUGGUUUCCGGGUACAUAAUAACAGAUCAAUGCUCAGAGCCGGACCUGCCAUAUUCUAUGGUGAAUUGGAAAUCGAGGAUGAGGAGGUAUUCGAUACUUAUAUAGAUACCCGGGGUUGGAGUAAGGGUCUUGUGUUCGUGAACGGAGAGAAUUUAGGAAGAUAUUGGCCCACAGUUGGACCGCAAAUAACUUUGUAUGUACCAAAGGAAAUACUCAAGACUGGAACCAAUCAUAUUGUUAUGAUUGAGUAUCUCAAUGCUCCGGAAUCAGGCGAAGUGACUUUUACUGAUGUUCCUAAUUUAGAUGGUUGAUUUUAUUUUUGCUUCUAUUGAAGCGUAUAGUAAUGAUUUUAAUUUAAUAAUAAAUAUAGAAUAAAUAGUAAA